ACUACAACUUUGCUUAAUACGUGACUUUACAUGUAGGAUGGUUUGUAAACAUUCAAAUGCCAGUGGAAAUUUAAAAUGAAUGUUACGGGGAUACAUUGCGGACGAAUUUGAAUAAUGAAUACUUUACUUAGAUAAUAUUUUUCGUGUUUCUUACUCUGUUACAUGUAUAUAGAUUGAACCUGUAUAAAUAAAGAUUGUUUUCAAAAAAAAGACUGCAAAAGAAAUGGACCGGUAUACUGCAAUGCAAGAAGAGCCCAUGGAGAUAGAUGAGACAGAUGUUGUGAUGUACCCAAUGGUGACAUACAACCCGGAAACUGUUGAGUUACACCCGGAAAUAAAAAGUCAACGUCCAAAAAAGGCACGAGAACGCGUGUUACGUUACACGUGCAUGAUAAGUAUUGGCAAUGUAUUUGUGGCAGUGAUUUGCGCCAUAACCUCCUCGGCUGCUAUCAGUAUGUCAGGAUCCGACUAUGAACCGUCCUUAGUGGUUUGUGUUAUGGUAAUAUUUGUAAGCUGUUUGGUGUGGUAUCUGAGGUAUGAAAGCAAGAAGAUUCUACUAGAUAGUGUAGGAGCAACAAGAACAUUUUUAUGUUGCUUCAUAUCCAUGGUUGGUUUAACUGUAUCUACAGUUGUUGUAACUGGAGUUGCCAUGUUUGUACUUACUCACGGAGAAUUAGAUGAAUGCUACGAAGCAACCAAUAAAAUAGGGGAUCUGGAAAUAAAUUCUUGUACAGACGAAAUGGGAACGAGAUAUUUCCUGGCUUUAUUAACAGUGACGUUACUGGCAGCUAUUGGAGUAAUAUCAGUGGUACUGUUGUGUUUUUAUAUGUCUGUGGGUCGUAAAUUUUCGUGUAAAUCACGUGAUAAAGACGACAAAGGAAGAGUUAUUGUUACACAAUCAGACGAGACAGGACGUAAAGUUGUAUACGGAUAUAAGAGUGAACGCGUUAAUAGCGACUCAUGACAUAUUGCAGACCGUGGCGAAUGAUUCGUGAAUUCGGAGGUUUCGGUCAACGUAUGGAACGAAACCUUUGGGAAUUUUCUGGAGUGAUUUUUCAUUUGUGAUUAUUUAUUAUCCACUCGAUGCAAUAACAUUAGAAUGCACAAGAGCAUUUGUCAAUCCAUGUAUUUUAUAAAUUCUGAAUCUAUGUUAUUUUAACCCUUAGCAUGCUGGCGGCAAGUGAUUCUGCCUUUGCGACCAGUGCAGACCAAGAUCAGUCUGCACAUCCGUGCAGUCUGAUCAUGCUCUGCACCGUUCGCCAUUCAGUCAGCAUCUUUUUUGGUAAGCAACCCUUUUAACAGUUAAUGGUACCGUCCAAACUGAAAGAUGGACAAGUUCAUUAUAUAAAUUUAGCAGGGUAACGGUUAAGAGGAUGUACAAUAUAAAUCGAUAAAAGACAUUUAGUAUUCUUAUUCCAUGUUACAAACGUGAACUAAUUUUGGCGCCAAUUUUCUUUUUAUUAAAGAUAACAGAUGCCUAUUUUCACUAAAAUAUUUCACCUUUAGAUAUUUACUUCGAAUGUAGAAAAUCCUCAUCAAAUGUAUCUAACUGACUAUAUGCUGUUGUAAACUCCUGUUCAAAUUUAAAAAAAAAUAAAAAAAUAAAUAAAUUUGGGUCUAUGAAACCUUUAAAUAAUAUUAAAGGAUUUUGUCAGAUGUAUGGAAUGUUGAUGCAGAAAACAUUUCAUUUUUUUAAAAAAUCAGAUUUAUAUAUAAUGACUGAUUUGAACUACUUUGAUUCUACUUUAAUUUCUGAGUCAGGUAGGCAAUUAUCAGCGCUAAGACCGGCGUACUCGAAAAACGAGAAAUUGAUAUUGCGAAAAUUAUUAAAAGGAUUGCAUGAGCACGUAUUAAAACAAAAACCUGCUUUGGACAAACAAACACACAAAUAUUUUAUCAACUUGAGGUCAUGAAUAUUCUUAUCUUAUGGUACCAAAAAUAUAUGGAUCCAACACGGCUAGGCUGGAUGGCAGCUUGAACACUGGGUUGUCAGCGAAACGAAUUUAUUUUUACUUGCAUUUACAUGUACCCGUAUGCAUACAUUCUAGCAAAAAUAGAAUAAAAAAAAUGUAAGAUA